AUGCAAACACAAGAUUUAAAAUAUAUAAAAUAUAAACAUCAAAUGGAAAGAAAAAAAAUUGAUAAAUUACAAACAUCAUCACAUUUAAUAGAUUCUGAAUAUCAUCCAUCUAAAUCACAUAUAUUUUUUGUUGAUUCACAAAAACAAGUUGAAAAAUUUGAUCCAGUUAGACAAAUGCGAACACAUCCAUCAUUGAUUAAUCGUCGAUCAAAUCGAUUAACAAUUGAACAAUUAAAAUCAACAAAAUUUAAAUUCGAUGAACAACAAAUAAAUAAACUUCAAAAAAUGCGAAAGAAAAAAUAUUUAGAAUUACAAAAACGAAUUGAACGUGAAAAGAAAUUACAACAAGUUGAAUUAGCUAUGGAAGAUAAACUUUUACUUAAAAAUCCUAAACAAGAGGACGAUGAUGAAUUUUGGUCGGACGAUGAAAAGAAAAAAAUAAAUGAAAAGAAAAAACCAAAAAUUAUACCGCGAAAGAAAUAA